GACAUUACGUUAGAUGCUAUAGAAAUGUAUAAAAGAUUUUGACUUGAGCGGGUAACCAUCAGUUGCUCAUCAGGUAGCCAAGAAACUAAACCAAAAAUUAAAAUGAAAAUUAUCGUAGUAGUGUUCGCUCUGGUGGCGAUUGCCGUCGCUGCUCCCCCGGAACCCCCACAGAUUCUACGCAGCAGCUUCGACCAGCAACCCGAGGGAGGAUACGUAUACAAUUUUGAAACCGAGGAUGGCAUUAUUCGCAAUGAGAACGGCGAGUUGAAACAAGUACUCGAUGAGGAGAACAAGCCCCGGAAUGUGGUCAUAGUUCGCGGCUCAUACAGUUACACCAACCCAGAAGGAAAACCUGAGACUGUCAACUACUACGCCGAUGAGACCGGCUUCCACGCUGAAGGCGACUCCAUCCCGAAACCAGCAAGAAAGUAAAAAAACAUCUAAUAUAGUCUGUGGCAUAAUCGUUAAUUCGAAAUCUUGAAUAAUUGAUAAUGCCAAAUAAUCUAUCAAUUGUGAUUGAUAGGAACAUUCAAGGGAAUUACAAUGUAUUAAUUAAUUAAUAAGUAUGUGCGCCGAUGCAUCCGUCGCAUGUUCUGUUAUUGCUGGUUAUAAUUAUAACUACAAGAUGCACACUGCCAUAUUUUUUACCUUUUUGUAUGUCAAUGUUUUGUUAAGUUUUUUUAUAUGAAAACGGUAUGUAAAUAAACUGAUAUAAUUUUAAA